UGUUUUGCCAGGUAUUGGAGUUGGCAUCGUAAUAUCAACCUGGCUCUAUAAUUGUUACUACAACGUGAUAUUCUCCUGGUUCCUGUUCUACGCGUACAACUCGUUCUACUCCACCCUUCCCUGGUCACACUGUGACAAUCCCUGGAACACACCUCAGUGUAUAUCUGGCGUUAAUGACGUCAAUGCGACGUUUCCUAACGUCACUGAAAACACCAUACUUGGAGGAACUGUGACCUCUACUAACAGUUCUGUUGCUGGAAUGACUGCUGCAGAGGAGUUCUGGAAGUUUCAAGUCUUGGAAAUCACAGACGGUCUGGGCUACCUUGGAACUAUAAGAUGGCCUCUCGCUGGGUGCUUGGUCGUCACCUACGUGAUUGUGUACCUUUGCGUGUUUAAGGGGAUUAACGUGUCUGCAAAGAUCGUGUACGUCACCGUCGGCGUCCCCUACAUCCUAGUGACAGUCUUCCUCAUCCGGGGAUGUCUACUUCCGGGUGCAAUGGACGGGAUUUACUUCUACAUCUACCCACAAUUCCAAAAACUUCAAGAACCAAGAAUAUGGAUUGAGGCGUGCAGAUUCUCUCUAUUCUCGAUGGGUAUUGCGAUGGGAUAUAUCAUAACGUUGUCUGGCCACAACAAAUCUAACAACAACUGUUUCAGGGACGCCAUCGUCGUAUGUGUCGUGGAUUUGGUUUCAACAAUUUUUGUUGGAUUUUCCUUCUUUGCGAUCGUUGGCCACGUUGCGUACAAAAGUGGAGUAACUGUUGAAGCGUUUGAAUCAUCAGGGUUCAACCUUGGAUUUAUCGUCUUCCCUGAAAUCCUGACUUACCUCCCCUUGCCGCAGCUGUGGUCUGUGUUGACCUUUGUGACGUUGAUGACUCUGGAAAUAGAUUCAAUGGUGCCUACUGUUGACAUAUUGAUGGAAGCCUUUGGGGAUAUCUUUCCCACUUCAGCCAGACGACGUUGGCUUGUUGUUGGUGGCAUUCUGUUGAGCAAUUUCCUUAUGGGCAUCGUACACAUCACACAGGGCGGCAUCUACGUACUGACUCUGUUUGACUGGUAUGCCUAUUUCCCCUCUCUUGCUCUCUACGCCAUGUUGGAGUGCGUUGUGGUGGGCUGGUGUUAUGGCACACAGAGACUUGAAGAUGACAUCGCCAUCAUGUGGGGAAAGAGCAUCCCAAGGAUCAUCAUGAUAGCAAUCCGAUUCAUCUGCCCUGUGCUGAUGCUGAUCAUCUUCUGCUAUUCCUUGUAUUCCUAUCGGCCUCCAAAGUACGGGGACUACAUCUACCCGGCAUGGGCCACGGGCGUGGGCUGGAUGAUUUCAAGUGCGUCAAUCCUUCCUUUCCCCGUGCUGUUUCUGUGGACGUUGUACAAGACUCCAGGAAAUACACUUAAGGAGAAAUUGCGACAGUCACUCAAGCCGAACACGCACUGGCGCCUUCAGUCUGCAGAGGACACUCCAUGUGACGUCGCUCUGCAACAUGUGCCAGAGGACGAGGAGGAGGACGAGGACAGGCAAAAGGACUCCCUGCUUUGA